GAGUUGUGUAACUGGAGGUCUUUGCAAAGUGCCUCAAUAGCUACAAUGUCCGCGUUGCCGCUGCGGCUGCUUCUUUGUUUCGUGGUGGCGUCAUUAAGCGGACUCGCACAGGAUGUGCCGCCGUACACAGAGGAUUGCAGAAGUGGAACCUACCCACCCUCGGGCCCCACGUUCAAAGGAAAUGUAUCUUGGUAUACUGUAAAUCUGGACCAGGCACCACAGGAACGGUGGCAAAAGCUUAUAAGUGAAAAGAAAACAGCACUAAGCAUUUUAAUCCAGGCUAUUAAAGAUCUGGCAACGUCAUUCUUCCCAAGUGAAAAGAUAAUCAAGCUGGUAGAUACAAAACUGCCUCUCCUUAUUGGAACACUUCCUUGUCCAUUUGGUGAAGAGAUUAAAGGAAUCGCUGAUGCCUCUGGGCUGCCGUUAGGGGAGGUGAUGCUAUUUAACAUAUUUUAUGAAGUCUUCACAGUGUGUACUUCUGUUGUGGCAGAGGAUAAAUCUGGAAAGUUAUAUCAUGCCAGAAAUCUGGAUUUUGGAUUAUUUCUUGGAUGGGAUGUGAAGAACAAUUCAUGGAUGGUCACACAGUUAUUAAGGCCAUUGGUUGUUAAUGUGGACUUCCAGAGAAAUGGCAAAACGGUUUUUGUGUCCACAAGCUUUGCUGGAUAUGUUGGGAUGCUAACUGGAAUGAAACCUGGCAUCUUUUCUCUUACAAUGAAUGAGCGCUUCAGUAUUGAUGGUGGUUACAUUGGAGUCCUUGAAUGGAUCCUUGGAAAGCGGGAUGGCAUGUGGAUGAGCUUUCUGACUAGAAGUGUGCUAGAAAAUGCAACAAGUUACGAGGAAGCUAAAACUCUUUUAUCCAAAACAAAGUUGCUGGCUCCAGCAUAUUUCAUAUUGGGAGGCAACAAAUCCGAAGAGGGUUGUGUGAUCACACGUUCCAGGGCAGCCUGCCUUGAUAUCUGGGAGCUGGAUUUAAAAAAUGGAACAUGGUACGUCCUGGAAACAAACUAUGACCACUGGAAGGCGCCACUACCAAUUGAUAACAGAAGGGACCCAGCAAUGAAAUGCAUGCGAAGAACCUCCCAACAGAACAUCUCGUUUGGAACCAUCUAUGAUAUGCUUUCAACCAAACCUGUCCUCAACAAGCUCACAACAUAUACAACACUGAUGUCUGUGUCUGAUAACAAACUAGAAGCAUACCUGCGCAUCUGCCCAGAUCCCUGCAUGCCGUGGUGAGGAGAGAGCAACAAACUGAAAGUGGCUCAAAUCUGACCAAUGGGGUUGGGUGCUUUGUGGCUUACACAGAACAAAGGAGAGUUAUUGGUCAGAUGUUCUGGGUUGGACAACCUACUACUACUACUACUAUUAGACAUAAUCUGCAGCUUGAUCUUAAGAGACCAAAAGAACAAAUCAUGCCGUACUACUGAAUAUUGUGAUUUCUACUCUAUUUCCUAACGGAUCACAUUAAAAUGCUUCUGUUGGUUCAUAUACCUGCCAGCAUUAUCCAUCAAUAACAUAUUUGUUUUAAUCUAACAGUCAGGGAUGUUAAUUCUUGCUGCCGGCCAAUCCCAGGACUAUUAGCCAGUAGGGUUGACUCCUCAUUCCUUUAAUAUUAGCCACAUAUAAAAGCCUCAUGUUCCCUGGCAGGUUAGGGUAUGUACCCACAGUUUGGCUUUCAGUUACAUUGGUUUAGAAGUGCCUUUGAGCUCUGCACAUAAAGACUAGUAAAAUAGAAAUGUAAAUGCACACAGGCAGUCGUGACAAGCAUAAAAUCCAAUCCGUAUAAUCUAUGCAAACCUGGGCACCUCCAUGAGAAAUAUGAACAAGGUAUUUCAAUAUAACACAUUAUUAUAAGCCUAUUAGAAUGAAACUGUUUCCUAGCUGGAAGGAAAGUAUUGGACUUUUAUGAUCUAUUUUCAGGGUUAGAUUUACUAUAAUAAUAUAAUAUUGAAUUCUUUUUAAACUAAUAUUUAUUUCUUUCAAUGCAGAAAUGAUUUCAUGAUUGGGUGGAGUUUCUUUAAUAAAUACUCUUGUCUA